CCUGGCCCAGCUGGCGGGGCGCGCUGGAGCAGCCGGCGGGCGGGCUCUGGGCGCACGGCACCAGCUCGCUCUGCCUCGUGAUAUCAUUCCCGGAGCUCAAAUCCGACUCGGCGUUCCCUUCCUCACACCGUCUGUCUGUCUACGCUGAGGUAGACACUUCCGCAGCGGGCGGGAAGCUCCCUUGGCGAGGCGAGGCGCCGUUGGAGGAGACGGGGACAGAGUCAGUGUGAAGACCAGUGUGAGGAACGGAACAAACGGAGGAGGGCCGGUAUGAAAUUCAUCACUGCUUAUUACGUGCUGCCUCUCUUUUCUGCCCUCGUCUUUGGCACUAGACAGGGCUAUGAAGAACUGGAAAGACAACUUAAAGAAGUCUUUAAGGAAAGGAGCAACAUACUUCAUCAACUGUUAAAGACUUCUAAAGAACUUCAGGGGAUUAAAGUAAACCUCCAGUCUUUAAAAAAUGAUGAAGCAUCAACAAAAAAUGAUGUGCAAAAACUUCUGGAACUGGACCAAAACCAAAGGGAAGAAAUGAAAUCUCUCCAGGAAACCUUUCAAAAGCAGCUUAAUGAGGCAGCUGAGAAGGCAGAGAAGCAGCAGGCUACCAUUAACUUUUUGAAGACUGAAAUGGAAAGGAAGAGCAAAAUGAUCCGAGACCUCCAAAAUGAGAACAAAAGCCUCAAAAACAAGCUCUUGUCAGGAAACAAGCUUUGUGGUAUUCACGCAGAAGAGUCAAAAAAGAUCCAAGCCCAGCUGAAAGAGCUUCGUUAUGGGAAAAAAGAUUUGGUUUUUAAGGCACAACAGCUAACAGAUCUGGAGCAAAAACUAGCAGUUGCAAAAGAUGAAUUGGAAAAAGCAGCCCUUGACAAAGAGUCACAGCUGAAAGCUUUGAAGGAAACUGUGCAGCUUUGCCUGUCUUCCGUUCUGCGCAAUCAGCCUCCCACUAUGGACCUAAUCCCUUCAAAACCAGCUGAGAAGCUAACUUCCUCAAAUACAAAGGACUCCAACGUUCCAUUUCAAGUGACAAGCACCAAGGUCUGGCAAAAUGUCUCAGCAGAGAAAGAGAAUUUUCAUGUGGCUUUGAAAAAGGAAGAAAAUCAAAGCACCCAGGAGUGUGAUUCUCAAGAUGUUGCCAAGACAUGUUUGGGGAAUCAUAUUGAUUCAACAUCUCGUUUGAAGGCAGCAGAAACAGAUACAAGCUUUCAGAUGCUGUUUUCACCUCUACAGAAGUUGCAGAGCCCUCCGUGGACUAAACCUGAAGAUAAAAAAUCACCUGAAAAGAAUAAGAAAAAAUACGAAGAAUCAGUUAGUACACAAGAAAAAAGACUCUAAAUGCUACUAAUCUACAUUGAAAAAUGUCAAUCACUUGCUUCCAUCCUCAUAUUCUGUUAGCAAAAAGGCAUGAAAUGUUCCAGGUUUCUAAAGCAUGUAUUUUUCACUAUUUUAUGAAUGUUUGUAAAUUAGUCUAGAAUACACCAAUUAGUACCUUUCAGCAAUAAUCCAAAAUGGAUGUUUGAAGAAAUGCUUUGUAAUGCAGUCCAGUUUUUGAAUUCUUGUUCUAUCUUAUCAGUAAUUGUAUACUCUAAAUUACCUUCUUCGUAAACAAGAGUCAUUCUCAAGUA